AUGAAAAUCCUUCCCUUUCUCUUUGUUCUCCUCUUGGUGGCAUUUCAUGGAGCUGCAGAGCUGUGACCCUGCCGGCAACUCCCAGCCAUGAGGGUCCUGCCUGUCCUCUGUGCUCUGCUCCUCCUGAUGCUCCUGGGAGUGACAGGGCUGUCCCUGGCUCAAGGAUCCCACCAGGAAUGUGAGCGCCGUGGGGGGUUCUGCUCCCACCGGUCCUGCCCUCCUGGGAUCGGCCGCAUUGGCCUCUGCUCUGAGCAGGAAUUCUGCUGUCGGAUGAGAUGGUAUCCCUGAGGGGUUCCUGGAUCCCUGGUGACAGUCUCUGAGACCAGCCCUUGCCCUCUCUGCGUGGUCAGGACGAUGCUGUGUGGAGGCACUGAGCGCCGCUGGGAGCAGUGACAACCCUGGACAGCCAGACCACGAUCCCACGGGAAUCCCUUUACCCCAAUAUCCCCAAUACAAGGUGGUGGUUUGCAUUCCCGCUGCCAA